AUGGCUUGCGUCACUGCGGCCGCGGAACAGCUUCCGUUCGCUUCUUCGCGGCCCUCGAGGCUCGGGCAGCAGCGAGUAUUUGUAUGCUUGUUGGCCCUUGCGGUGGUCACCAAAGCCGGCUAUAUCGGCGGUGGUAGUAGUGGUUGGUCGAGCGGAGGAGGUGGCGGCUGGUCCGGGGGCGGUGGUGGCUACGGAGGUGGCUACGGCGGCGGCGGCUUCGGCGGCGGUGGCCACGGCGGCGGCGGCGGCUUCGGCGGCGGCGGCCACGGCGGCGGCGGACAAGUGAAGAUCAUCAAAAUAAUUACAACCGGCGGAGGCGGCGGCGGUUAUGGCGGAGGCGGCUUUGGCGGCGGCGGCUAUAGCGGAGGAGGUGGUGGCUGGAAACUUGGAGGAGGAAGUAGCGGCUGGUCAAGCGGCGGAGGCGGAGGUGGAUGGAAGCUGGGCGGAGGAGGCGGCGGCGGCGGCUGGAAGCUCGGUGGGGGAAGCAGUGGCUGGUCCAGCGGUGGCGGUGGAGGCGGCUGGAAAAGCGGUGGUGGAGGUGGCUGGUCUGGCGGUGGCUCCUCGGGCUGGUGGUGA